CAUUAAGCAGGAAGAAGUCUACAGUAAAAGACAGCCAGAUGCAAUCCGCAUCAACACACCCAAAUCUGCCCGUAUGAGACUGUUUUUAUGGUGUUUGAGCUUUAUUAGAGAAUAAUACUUUGGGGUGGAACUGAUGUCCAUGAAGCUGUUAUCUUGAAACUAACCGGUGAAACAAGGAUUAAAGAUUUGGAAAGAUGGAUGACAUAGAUGCCAUGUUCAGCGACCUGCUGGGGGAGAUGGACCUCCUCACUCAGAGUCUGGAAACAGCACCAUCUGAGCCCGAGCCUCUCCCCAGCACCAACAAAGAUGUCAACUUCUCCAUCGGCUUCACUGACCUUAAUGAGUCCCUCCAUGAACUGGAAGACACCGAUUUGGAUGCACUCAUGGCUGAUUUGGUGGCCGACCUUAAUGCAACGGAAGAGAAACUUGCAGCAGAGAUGCAAGGUCUGAAGGUGCCAUCACCACCUCCACCAGACCUGCAGCCACCACCUACAGACCCAAGCCCCCGCCCUGUGUCCUCUCUCGCAUCCCCGACAUCACCAGCGAGCAGCACCAGCAGCAAUGUUAGCACCCCGGCCUCCUCCGCCACCUCCCCUUUACCACCUCCGCCUCCUCAAUCUAAAAAGCCUACAAUGGAGGAACUCGAGGCGCAGAUGAAAGCAGACAAAAUCAAACUCGCUCUUGAGAAGCUCAAGGAGGCCAAAGUGAAAAAGUUGGUGGUUAAGGUGUUGAUGAAUGAUGGAAGCUCCAAGACUUUGAUGGUGGACGAGAGGCAGAAUGUGAGGGAAGUUUUGGACAAUCUGUUUGAGAAGACGCACUGUGACUGCAAUGUGGACUGGAGCCUCUGUGAGACCAACCCGGACCUGCAACUUGAACGGACGUUUGAAGAUCACGAGAACCUCGUGGAGCCUCUCCUAGCAUGGAUGAGGGACAGCGAGAACAAAAUCCUCUUUCAGGAGCGGAAGGAAAAGUACGAGGUUUUCAAAAACCCACAGAACUUUUAUCUCUGGAAGAAGGAUAAGAAAGCUCUCAAAGACAUAAAAGACAAAGACAAGGAGUUAUUAAUACAGGAGAACUUCUGCGGCACUUCCAUCAUCGUGCCCGAUCUCGAGGGGGUGAUGCACCUCAAAGAAGAUGGCAAGAAGUCCUGGAAACCAAGGCUCUUUCAGCUGAGGGCCUCUGGGAUUUAUUACGUGCCCAAAGGGAAAACCAAGUCGUCCCGUGACCUCGUCUGCUUUGUCCAGUUUGACAACGUGAACGUCUACUUUGGCAAAGACUUUAAGAGCAAAUAUAAAGCCCCGACCGACUUCUGCUUUAUUCUGAAGCAUCCUCAGAUCCAAAAAGAGUCUCAGUACAUCAAGUACCUCUGCUGCGAUGAUGCUCAUUUCAUGAACCUUUGGGUAACCGGAAUACGGAUUGCAAAGUAUGGUGCGUCACUGUAUGAAAACUAUAAAACAGCAGAGAAGAAGGCAGCUGUGAGCUCUGUGUGGACGAACCGCAGCACGCCAUCGAGCUCCAAUCAAUCAACGCCCUCACCAACUAUCAAAGCCAAAUCACCGAGCCAGGCCAACGGUCACGCUCCCAAGCCCCAACCAGGACUCAUCUCUCAGGACUUUGGAAAUGUUCCACCUCCACCCCCACCCCCACCAAUGGCUGAGAUCCUUCCUCCACCGCCUCCAGACCCAGUCCUCCCUCCUCCACCGCCUGCAGACUCAGUCCUCCCUCCUCCACCACCUCCUAUGGCAGCAAAGAGUUCUUCAAGACCUCUUCCCCCCCAGCGACACCUGCCAACCAACUUCCCUCCACCUCCACCUGCAAUGGACAGCCUUCCUCCUCCACCGCCGCCCCCACCAAAUGAUGAUACCUUAGAGGCCCCGCCAGACUUCCUUCCACCCCCCCCUCCAGCCACUGGCUUUGGUUCACUGCCACCUCCUCCGCCUAUGAACUCCCUACCACCGCCGCCUCCCCCAGCAAGUGUCAGGGGUGUGGACCAGUCUCUGCCUCCUCCACCACCAGAUCCAGGGUUUCUACCACCACCUCCACCUCAGCCAGUGUUUACAGGGGCUGGAGUACCCCCUCCCCCUCCACCACCUCCUCCUCCACCUUCAUCUGCUGCCGCUCCCCCUGCCCCAAGAGUAGCAGUGCGACCCUCUGGCUCCUUGAAGAAGGUGCCUCCUGCUCCGCCGAAGAGAACUACACCAUCACUGCACGGAGGAGGUGAUGGUGGAGACUUCAUGUCAGAACUGAUGCUGGCCAUGAACAAGAAACGCGGUAAUCAGUAGCACGACGACCAACUUCACUCUUAAUUAGCCUCGUCUUGAUUUCAGCAAAACAGCUAAUUUUUUUCCCAAACAAUACCAAACAUAAACUUUUUCUCUUGAAGAAAACAGACAGUGAUGCUUUUUCCUAACAGCUCAUCCAAAACAUUAUUUUGCAUGAGUUGAGUACAGGGUAAUUAAUCUUAGUUUUUUUUUUUUUUUUUUUUUUUUUUUU